UCCAUCCGAAGCUAGCUUGAAAGACAUGGGAAAAUGCGUAUCAUCUUGUUCAAAAAUUCAAAUAAAUGACACGUGUGCCGAAUUUUGCGAAAAUGGACUGUUUUUGGACGAAAAUGAGUGUGUAAUGCAAUGCUCUAAACAUAAAUUUGUUUACAUGAGAACAAAGCAGAGUUUGAUUUGUUUAGAAACGUGUCCAAACCAGAUGGUCGCCAACACAACAGGUGAAUGUAUGGAGAUGGAUGAAUGUAAGGACUUUAUUUAUAAAGGCAGAUGUCAAUCAACAUGCCCAUCUUUUUCCUUCAUUGUGGACAAGGAUCAAUAUAAAUAUUGUUCCUCCCUGGAAAUAUCAUACAUUCUCUUUUCAUUGAGCGUGUUGAUUUUGAUUGCAGUUGUAUUAUUCGUUUCAUGGAUAAUUGCUCGCCGAUGUUCGGCAUCAAUGAAGCAAAAAAAGUUCCUGAGCAAAGAAAGCAUAUACGACAAAGGAGAUAAACAUUAUAUCACUAAUGUCGACCUAGCCAUACCAAAAAAGGUAUCAAAACCAAAUAGUGGAAGGGAGAAUCUUGCUUUCUCCGGUUCCAGUACUAGAGAGGCCGAAUUUGAGGAGACACGUUUGUGA